AUGGCCCAAGAUCGCCUAGCAGCUCAACGUCGCAAUCGCCCAGUCUCUCCUGCCAUGACGGUCUACAAAUGGACUUACGAGUCGUCCGUAUCCGCACUUCAGAGAAUUACUGGAAUAUUGCUUUCAGGAGGGCUCUAUGGGUUCGCAACCUUAUAUCUUUUGGCUCCCGCCAUUGGAUUCCAAUUGGAUUCAGAAUCCAUGAUUGCCGCGUUUGGCGCACUGCCUGUUACAAUCAAGACAGCUUUGAAGUUCGGUAUUGCAAUGCCUUUCACAUACCAUGGAUUCAAUGGUUUCAAGCACCUUAUAUGGGAUACGGGCCGAUUGUUAAGCAAGACCACGAAUGGAAAAGCUUCCUGGGCAGUACUGGCAUGCAGUGUAAGCGCAUCUUUGAUGCUGACCUUCGUCAAUUUCGAAUCAUAUCCAGAGGAAAAUUAG